AGAGUUGAACAUUACAAAAAAUUUCAGUGAUGAAAUAGAAAGGGGUGGUUUAUAAAGGAGUCCUAGAGGAUAACGCCUGUCAAAGUUCAGCGGCUCUGCGAGAGAGAGAGAGAGAAAAAGAGAAAGAAUGUGUUCAAAGCCUUCCAUCUUCAUGAUGUAUGAGGGCGGUAGAGCGUACAAGCCGAAGGACGCCUUGUUCCUGAGCAUUGGACCUUACCACGCCGGUCACGCCCACACGUUGGAGGAUUCCGUGCUCAACUUGGUCCUGCAGAGGACGCAAAUUAGUAGCACAAGCGAUGUCGUUAAUGCCCUAAGAAGCGUUGCUCUGAAGGAGAAAGAAUGUUACGAAGGGGCGGAUACCAUUGAUCUUCUGCCGGACGACGACGAAUUUGUGAUGGCGCUGGUAAGAGAUGGAUGCUUCGUGAUAGAGUUGAUACACAUCAUGACAACAGAGCCGCAUCCCUUUCCCACCAUCGUCACCUGGUUUUCCCCCACCAUAUAUUCAGUGAACAACACCCUGCUCCGCCAUAUUAUGCUUGACCUGUUGAGGGUCCAGAACCAAAUCCCCAUGGACUUUCUUCAACUCCUUUAUAGCCACCUAAAGUACACAGAUCCGCCAUUCCAAAUCGUGGUCAACAAGUUCUUAAAUUUCUAUUUCAUGCAAACAUUUGAGGUGCCAAACCUGGCCGACGCUUGCCAUCUCCUCGACGCUGCAAGGAUGAAAUUUCUGCCCAUGAAGGUUGGGCAAAGCAGCGUUGCUGGCUCGGCAACAGGAGCGUGCUUCUCUCCCGGUAACUUUGCCGAAAUGAGCGUAGGCUACAGCGCUAUCGAUCUCGAGGACUCGGGCAUUACCAUCUCUCAGGCAGACGAAGGAAUGGUGACAUGGGAUCCGAGGCCGGCAUGGAGACCGUUUCUCAAGCUCCCGCCUAUCCGCAUCAACAGGGACUCUGACUACAUUUUCAGGAACAUGGUGGCUUACGAGCAACGGCUUGCGGAAGAUGCCAACCACCCUCUGCAGCCGGUGUCGUCCUACCUUCGCCUCCUCAGUGACCUUGUGCUCACUGCUGCCGACGCCCGUGUCUUGACUGUCAAGGGAAUAAUAGUCAACCAGCUGGGCAGCCUGGACGACAUCGUUAAUUUCUUCAAGGAUCUAGAGCUAGGAGACACAUAUGGGAUCGACAUGCUGUCUGAGACUCGGACGAAAAUCAACCAGCACUGUGAGAAAAAAUGGAUCGCGAAAUUGGCUGAUCUGAGACGCACAUAUUUCAGGAGCCCGUGGUCCUACUGCUCCCUCGCUGCUGCCCUCAUUCUACUUAUUCUCACUUUACUGCAAGUGUUGUAUGCCAUGUUAGCCUAUCACCUCCCCAAAUAAACUAGACGGCAAGGUCCAGCUUCCAGAUGGGUGAUGGCUUUCUUCUCCCCUUUUUGUUUGAUUAAGAGUUUAUAGAGUGACUUGUUGAA